GUAUAAAUAUACUGAAAAGUUAUAAAUGUCAUUAGCUUUACAUUGAAUUGACAAACAACUAUUCAGACUAGCAAUUAAAACUAAACUGCUUUCAAUAAUGCAGCCCGGUCCAAUGAGCGAGUUUGUUCUCCCAUUAAGAUGGCUUUUGGGGAGCUGGAAAUCGAUUUCAGCAAAGGGAAUGUAUCCAACUUAUAAAGAUUUCACUUUUUGUGAUAAACUUACAUUUAAAACGAUAGGUCAACCGAUGCUUAACUACGAAGCAGUAAGUUGGAAUCCAGAAACGUUAUUACCAAUUCAUUUGGAGUCUGGGUUUUUACGAAUUAAUCCAAAAACACCGAAUGUGGCCUUUUUAGUUGCACAUAACUUUGGUGUUGUUACUUUAGAAGAAGGGACAGUCUGCAAGCAGACAGUAAGAUUUGAAACUAGCGGUGUAUUAACGAUGUCGUUUAAGCCAGGGCCAAAAGUUUGCAAAUUGGUAAGACAGUAUUGCCUCGACGCAAACUACAAUUUACGUUAUAUUUUAUAUAUGGAAACUGAUAGAACUCCAUUAACAACUCAUUUAGAAGUUGUUUAUGAGAAAGAUCCAUGCGAUUGCAAUUGAAUUUUAUAAAGGCACGUGAAUUUUAUAUAGCCUUUUUAUA